AUGGGCCUGCAGAACGUCUUAGCGGCUUUUAGCGUGAUCGCCACAGGGGGCUUCCUGUUCGGCUACAUUAUCGGAAUCAACGGCAAUGUGGUCACCAAGGGCCAGCUGAUUUGCCCCACAGACUGGACAGGGCCAGUGGGUAGCUGGUCCUCCUCGGGCUACGGCCAGUGCUAUGCUCUCUCGGCCUGGGACCAAGGGAUUUUGAGCUCUUUGAAUCUGAUCGGCGCGGUGGUCUCCUCCGCGAUCUGCUUCCGCUAUGCGGACACCUUGGGCCGGAAGAAGGAGGUCCAAAUCGGCGCCGCGCUCUAUAUGACCGGCGCUUUGUUGGCCGCCUUGUCGCCGGUGCUGUGGGGCAUCUACGCAGCCGUCCCUUUGGGCAGCCUGUGGCUGCCGAAGAAGGCGAUGCUCCCGGAUCAGCGACAGAGUACGCUGCGGUUCACAUCCGAGUCAGCGACAGAGCUUGACAGCGCAGGCCAGCAGCAGGCCUGUUUCUCGCUCACCACCAACAAAGAAGGCGAGCCGCAGGACCAGUGCCACAGCCGCAUUUGA